UCGGAAUGGUUCAGAGUGGAUCUCACCCCUUUUGCAAGCAAACUCUUCACAUGGAUUGUCUUUCUCCACACAGCUCCUGAAGCAAUAGGCGUUCGUUUGCAAGAUGGACCCCUCCAAUCCGAAGGAAGAGUCGAGGUCUUUUACAAUGGAGCAUGGGGCACAGUGUGCGAUAACCUCUUCACCAUCACGGAAGCUAGUGUGGUCUGUAAGCAACUGGGGUAUGCAGGAGCCGAUGAGGUCGUAAUAGGGGGUUAUUUUGGAAACAGCAGCGGAGCGGUAACGAAUCUGGAUGUGAUCCUCGAUAUGGUGCAAUGUCAUGGAGACGAGGAGGACUUGUUUGGUUGUUCCCACAGUGAGAUAAUGAUCACCGAGUGUGACCAUACUGAAGACGUGGGCGUGGUCUGUACAUCAACGGGUUCACUAAGACUCUCAAAUGUGACGUCAUUCGGUAGAGGCAGACUGGAAUACCUGGAUGAGAACCUAGGAUGGGGAACAGUGUGUAAUGAAGCCUGGAGUAACUCAGAGAGUAUAGCCGCAUGCACUCAACUUGGAUUCAGUACUCUUGGAGCCAUAGAGGUGUUCCCCGCAGAGGGCGCUAGCGAUCUACCCAUUGUGCUGGGAGGCAUUCAAUGCUCGACAUUUCAAGAUCCGAGCAGACUUGAUGCGUGUGACAAGGACGAGAGCUGGACACCCGACACCUGCACGCAUGCGCAGGACGUUGGAUUACGAUGCAAACCUCCGGUGAUCUUAUUCUCAACCACCGUGCAAUACGCAGGUAUACCUUACGUAUACUUCGGCCGCACCUGGGGGACUUUCUGCCUGGAGAACUUUGACAUCAACGCAGCUCUUGUUUUCUGUAAAAACCUUGGAUAUCGAGAUGUGGCUCUUAUUACCAGUAGUGAUAAUGGACCAGCGGAGCCAAUACCCGCGAUCAUUAAUACAGUCAACUGUACCGGGGUCGAGGAGUAUUUCACGGAAUGUCCUCAGAUUGAAUGGGCGUACCAAGGACAAUGUACUCAGGACCGCAAUCCCAUUGUCGUCUGUCAGAUAGGAGAAAAAUCUCCAUCUAUUGUGGAAACAAUACCUGGCUUUCCUGAAUAUGGUCGGGUAGAAGUAACAUUGACUGAUUACCGAUUUCGGGGAACCAUCUGCAAUGACACGAUGACUCAGGCUGUGGCCGACGUGGUCUGCCGGGACGCAGGUUUUUCACGAGGAGCGCAAAGGUUCUUUACAAUCGGAGAAGGGCAGACUAGAUACAUAUAUGAAAACGUACACUGCACUGGAGAUGAAGCCAGCUUUACCGAUUGCAGGAGCCAGCUAGUCUCAGUUCAAGACUCGAACUGCAAUCACGAUCAAGACAUGGGAGUUGAAUGUUUUGCAAAUGACAUCGAUCUGAUUUACCUACGGAGUGGGGCAGGGUCGUAUGAGGGCGCUGUUCUUUAUCGAGAACGGGAUCGACGGGCGUUACUUUGUGACGAUACUUGGACCUACCGAGAAGCAAGUGCAGUGUGUCGCAUGAUCGGAUAUGAAAGUGGAACUGCCGUCAGAGUGAUCGGUAUGAUACCAGAUACUUUCGAUGACGUCUUCCAGUGGGACUUCGUGUGUGCUGGCGAUGAGGAACGACUGGAAGAUUGUACGGUGACCAAGAGAGAGAACCCUACAACAUGUGCUCCUGGAAGCAUUGCUCAGGUCAGAUGCGGACCAAAUGUGGAUGGAAACUUUCGGAUAACCGGAAGUGACUAUACUGAACAAGGACGGGUAGAGGUCUAUCAAGAUGGACAGUGGGUCCAUGUCUGGCUGCUUCCGACCGCCAACAUAGAUAAACGUUUCUAUGACAGACUUUGCAUUGUCCUUGGAUAUGAAGAGUCGGUUUACCAAUACUUUGGACCUGGACAGAUGCCUUUUGAAGCAGGAUCCGGUACCUUGGGACGUCUGUGCGAGUAUGUACUGUCAACCGGACGUAUCCACUGUCAAGAUCUUACAUAUCAGACAGGAGGCGGGGAGGAUUUACAAGUUGGUGUCGUUUGUAAGCCAUUUGAUAUAAUUGCAUACCAUCCCAUAAGACUAGCAGACAUGAAAACAGAUGAGGUCAAUAACCAAUCUGGUUAUGUAGAGAUGUAUCAUGAUGGUCAAUGGCGUGGUAUUUGUGAGAACAUUCUUCAUUCUCAUCUUGUAUGUUCUGAGCUUGGCCAUAUGAACCUCUCCCAGGCUGCUGCCAUUGAUACACCGGUGAUUGCUGACGGAAGUCCAGAGCUCUCCUCAGUCUGGUUCAGUUUUACAGAAACAACUUUUUGUAACACACUCUAUGGAUGUCGUCACAGCGCUUGGGGAGACCCCCUCGGUGAUUGUAACAAGCUGGCGGUUCAAUGUGUCGAAGUGGAAGGGAGAGCUUCGUCUUUGGAGAGUCUUACUCUUUCUGUCAUCCUCCUCGUGGUUGCACUUGCAGUCGAGCUCGGCUUCAUUCACGUGUAAAAGUUCAGACGUUACGCAUUUGACGCCAUAAUCUAAUAGCGCACUCACUGAGAGGCUAUAGGAAUACGCGUAAACGGAGUUGUCAGAGAUACGCCAGUGCAGAUCACCAAACACACGCAAGGCAAAGGACCUGACCGCUAUGAUGGCGCAGAGAUGUCAAUGCAUAAUGUCUAGUUCAUCUAAGUAUUUCGGAUUUUACUUUCACGUGCCUCUUAGACAAGUUUAAAGGAGGAUUGUAACUAAUUAAAAACUCAUUAAAAAAUCAUAUAUAAUCACAAUAUAGGGGUAGGGGUGGGUUUAAGUCUUUAUAACGUCUUACUAGGAGUAAAAUAACAAAUAAUUAAAAGAGAGGGGUUUUGUAAUUAUGGGAAUUUUAACGUCGCUCCCGUUAAAAUCAACCCAAUAUCAAUGAAUUUAUCCAAAAUAAAAACAACACAGGUAGCAUUAAUAGAUAUGUUUUUUUUUGCUAGAAGGGCAUUGUUACAAUUAAGUUGUGUCAAAUUACUUCCAAAAUCCAGUUGAAUAUAUUAAUGCUGUAUUCUUGUUCAUUCCUAUAUUGAAAUAUAGGAAUGCUUUUAAUUUACCAAUUAUUGACAAGAGCACAGGCAUGUGGUGAUUUCAUGUGAUGUUUGACUACGGAUUUAGGUUCUUGAAACGAUUACCAAACAAUAUAAAUAUAAAGUGCCUACUCGAUCUUAUAAUGGACAUAUAACUCUACCUAAUUUUUUUCAAUUAUUUAUCGCAUGAAGACUUUUUAUUCUUAUUUUCUCCCUUCGAAGCCCUGAUAGUGUUGGAGGCUCUCUGUAGGGAGUCCCAUUAAACUACACUUUCUUGCUUUUGGCAUGUUUGGGGGUUCCCUAACCAAUUUUACUUUGUUUUAUGGUAUGUUGUAUUGUACCUCGAAUACUGACCAUCAUUGUCUAUUUUCCCCCUAAUGGUUUAAGCAAUAAUGAAAGAAACUUGAAUUAUUAUAUUUGUAACA